GUUAUUCAUCAAUUAAUGUUGACAUCUCUAAAUUUCGGAAGAAUAAAUUAACAUAACACGCCUUGUACAACAGGAUAUUUUUGGAUUUUCUAUACUUCAAAAUGCCAGCCUCAAAGCGAGGAACCGAGGACGAUGAGCCCCUUGAUCCCCAAGCCAAACUGAGGAGGUUGGACGAAGACAGUGAAGAGCUCCAGACCAAUACCGAACCAGCAACUCACAACAGGUCACUCAAAGACAUUUAUAUUCAAGAACAGACAGACAAUACUGUUCCUCGGACCAAGAGGAAACUUUCAGAAGAAGAAGGAGAGGGAGGGAACGCGGCCAAGUCAUCCCGACACAGUCCCUCAAUUAGUAGCACUUUAGGUCCAAAACACACAAGUGCCUCCUGUCCAGAAGCUCCGUCAGACGGUGUUUAUAUAGAACGCCAUGACAACAGGACACCCAGCAACCGCGUCCACUAUGGACGUUUUACAGAGAGUGACGAGAACGACUCAAUCCUUGUACGAACUAACCCAGUCGGCGAAUCACCAGAGGUGAGUGAAGCGUUAACAUCUUCCACAACAGAAUUUGUACAGAAUGAACACAGUUACGGUCGAGCAUCAGACUCCAGUCUUGACAGCGCAGAAAACAUCAGACAGGACACAUUAACUUUGCAAGGUUCGGCAGCUAACGUCAAAUUCUCAGCUGAAGAAGUGGACAGAAAAGAAGCAGCGAGCCAAAGUCUUUUGGCUAAUGAUGCUCUUGAAUCAGACAUGAGGCAACCUAAUUCAGAGGUUCCUGGCUGUAGUAGAAGCCAAUCGGUCUUAACAUUUUGUUCCACAAACGGGGUUGUACAUCCUGAAAAGUUAGUCCAUGGAUUAAACCGUCUGACAGAUUCUAUCGGUGGAUGUGCAGAAUAUCAGACAAAUUAUGACCUUGAAACUAGCAGUGAAGACAUUUGUACCCCUGAAAGCCUUAUUGCACAAACUGAAGAAACGCAAACAAAAAUUCCUGCUCAAGAAAAUCUAAGAGUGGAGUGCGAGAAUCAACCCAAAACUGAAGAAAAUGUAGGUACGGUUCUGUCACUUUCAACAGAAUCCGCACCAAGAUCUGUGCUAGUUGAUGAUUUUACUGCUGAGAAUCAAACUGAUGAAACAACUUCAAUGUCAAAGAAGUCUGACAGAAACCUAGUAACCCCUGCUGAAAAAACUGUAUUUACAAGUCAUUCACUAUCAGAAGAAACUGGAAACACACCACAAGAGAUCAUUGGUGAGCUGGAGAAUAAAACUGACGAAAAUCUAACUGCAGUUGGGGCUGGUUCAAGCCUAGGAAUUGAUGUUGAAGAUCUGUCACAAGAUAAUGAAACAACGCCACAACAGGUACUUGUAGACAGUUUUAAUGCAGAGGAACCUGACAUACCAUGUCAAGUCGAGGGAAAUCCAGUAGGGUCCAGUCAAAUCCAACAAAGUCAAGAUGACGAAAAUCUACCGACAGCAGAGUCCAGUAGAAAGAGUAAAGAAAAUGUGACAAAGCAACCUAAAGUUAGACCACAAGAGGUCCUCAGAGACUGUCAGGGUGAGGAGAAACCUAUGGAAUCUGCAAGCUGCCCCCAUGAUAAUUCCUCUGAGCAAGUGCCAAGUUCACCUGAGGGCAUAAACAAAAGAACUGAGGUGUUGACACCCGACAUUGAGGCGACCGACGAGCAAAAUAGAACAAUGGAGUUACCCCGUGAAUGUGUCACCGUCUCACAGCAUCAGACAGCUGUGGAAAUGCCAUCAGAGGGAAGAUUAGACACUGCUUUACUUCAGGAGGAAGUCAAUAAUAACUCCAGCCAAAAUGUUGAUGACGCACUAAAUAGGGAUAUGAUGAGCGGAAAUUCCUCAAGUUUGGAAAACAUGCAAUUUGAAUAUUCCACAGCAACAAUUAAUGAAAUAACCAUCAUGGCAUCAACUGCUUCUCCCAAUUUACUGGAAAUAGAACCACAUAAUAACAAUGAACCAAGCAGUCACAGAGAGGUUAAUCUCAGACCUACUGAAUCUUUACGAAAUGAAGAUUUGGAAUACAUUCACUCGUAUGAUUCAAACGUAGGAACAGUGCAAGAUGUUAACAUCCAGGAUAAGGUAAAUUUUGACACUGUACCUGUGAGUCCAGCUGACAUUCAAGUGCAAGCCAAUGAAGACUUAGUGAACCCAGUGGGCAUUCCUGCCGCAGUCCUCAUAGAAGCCAGCCAAGAUAAAGCAAAAUUAUCUCACUUGGAAAAUCAACACGAUACUGCGUUGCCUCAAACAUCAGCACGGGCAGAUUCCGACCUAGCAGGAAGUGAUGAGCGGCAAGAAGUCAUCAAGCCUGUACCUGACAUUUGUAAAGUUCAAACAGGUCCAGAUUGUGUAUUGAUAGCAACUUCACCUGAGGAAUUACAUGUCCUGCAUGAAGGCAAUUUAAGAGUUAUUCCCGAGGGUCAACUCAGUGACAUGAUUGAAGAAACCGCUGAUACUUCUAGUGCAGAGGCUACUUUAGUUCAGCAAGUUGACCAGGUGACAAACGUUACUUUAGCCGUUGUUGAUUGUGGAAAUGCUAGUCUUGAUCACAUGAAUGUUUUUUGUGAAUCAGUUCAGCCAGCAUUAGAAGAGGAGACACGUUGGCAAGAUGAGGACGCUACUGCAAAGACGGUCAGUAAUCGUGACAGUGUAGGAGAGGCAUCUGAAAGAGGUGAAGUUAAAAUCCUUGUUUUUGCCCAAGUGGCUGACACUGCUACUGUAGCCCUAUCUUUACAAGAGCAGAGCGAAACAGUCAGUUGUUCACAAUUUGAAAACCAGAUAGUGUAUGAGCCUAUUAGUAGCCCAGAGAGUAAUAAUGGUGCAGAUGAUGCUAUGUCUUUAGAUAAUCAAGCUUUUAUGUCUUUUAAGAACAUAAGUAUUCAUGACAGGAAGGAGGCCUCAUCUGCAAAUGAACUCAUGCAGGUUCAUCAUUUGCACUAUGUAAAUGAUGAAACUGCAAAUGAACAGGCAGCAGUUAAAAUGACCUCCACUAUUCUAGAAACUAAUUCAGAUUUAGAAGUUGCCAUGGCUUCAGAGAAGCAAAAUUUGAUGUCUUCAGUGUCUGAAGACAAGAUGCAAAAUUUGUCUACUUAUGAAAGUGUGGGGGUUAGUAUUUUGCAACAUGAAAAUAAUGAAAAUGCUGAAAAAGAGAAGGAUAGCCAAGUGGCAGUUGAGAUGGAGGAGGUACAGCAGACCCCCAUUGAAAGUGCAUAUGAUAGUCAAUUUCAACUGAAAAAUGAUGAAAUUGAAAAAGAAGGAAAAUCACAUGUCCAAGUUAAAGAUGAAAUGGUUUUUCAUCAUACUAUCACAGUUACAGAGUGUAGCCCACAGAGGAACAGAGAUGGAGUUGAUGUUCUGGCUGUAGAGAAGCAAUAUUUGGUGUCUUCAGAAGACGUACCCAGGACUCAAAGCAUGAAGGGAGACUUGUCAGCAAAUGAAAUUAUAGAGGCUUGUCCUUUAUACUUAGAAUAUCAUGAAAAUGCAAAACAGCAAGCAACCAAUGACCAAGCAACAAUUGAAAUGGAAGAUGUACAACAGACCACUUCAGUUCAAGAGAGUACCCAAGUAGAAAAUACCACUACAGAUUUGGAGAAGCAAGAUUUGGAGAAUUUAGAGAAGGCGCAUCGAACUCAAGACAUGUCUCCUAACGAAAGUGUACAGGCCAGUCAAUUGCUACUGGAAAAUUAUGAAAGUGCCAAAGAUGAUCAGACAGAUGGCCAAGCAGCAGAUGAAACUAAUGUACAACAGACCACCACAGCUCAAGAGGCCAGUCUGGAGAACAACAAUGAUGGAGAUGCUGCUGUGACUUUAGAGAAGCCAUACAUAGUUUCUUCAGAGGAUGGACCUAGGACUCAAAACAUAGAAGAGUUGUCUAAUAAUAAAAGUACGGAGACUAGUCAUUUGCACUUUGAAUCAAACAAAAUUGCUAAUCAACAACCAACAGAUGACCAAGCAGCAGUUGAAAUGAAAGAUGUACAACAUCAACAACCAACAGAUCACCAAGCAGCAGUUAAAAUGAAAGAUGUACAACAUACCACCACAGUUAAAGAAAAUGACGGAGAUGGGCUUGCUGUAAGUGAUUUGGAGAAACAACAUUUGAUGUAUUUAGAGAGUGUCUCUUGUAAUCAAGACACAAAUGAGGAAAUGCCUCCUAAUGAAAGCAUACAGGCUGGUUAUUUGCUCCUGGAAAAUUAUGAAAGUUCCAAAGAAGAUCAGACUGAUGGCCAAAAGGCAGAUGAAAUGGAGGUACACCAGACCACCACAGUUACAGAGAGAUGUCAAGCAAAUAUCAGAGAUGGAGAUGCUGUUGUGGCUUUGGAGAAGCAAUACUUAGUGUCUUCUCGAGAUGGACCUGGGGCUCAAAACAUGGAGAACUUGUCUACAAAUAAAAAUGUGGAAGCCUGUCAUUUACACCUUGGAUUUAAUGAAAGUCUAAAACAACAAUUUACAGAUGACCAAGAAGCAGUUGAAAUGAAGGAUGUUGAACCAUCUACCACAGUUGAAGAGAUCUUUGCUGAAGGGGUUGUUGUCAGUGAUUUGGAGAAACAAGAUUUGGUGUAUUUAGCGAGUGUUCCGAGUACUCCAGACACAAAUGAGGACAUACCUCCUAACAAAAGUGCACAAAUUAGUCAUCUGCACCUGAAAAAUGAUGAAAGCUCUGAAGAAAAACAGAUAGACACUGAAGCGGCGCUUGAAAUGGAGGUACAACAGACCACCAUAAAUCAAGAGAGUAGUCCAGAGUAUAAAAGAGCUAGAGAGGCUGCUGUGACUUUGGAGGAGAAAGAUUCGGAUGUACCAAUUAGCCAAGAAAUGAAGGAGGAUACGUCUUCAGAGGAGGAACCUAAGACUCAAAACAUGGUGGCCUUCUGUAACCAAAGUGUGGAAGCUAGUCAUUUGCACUCUGACUCUAACAAAAUUGCUAAACAAGAACCAACAGAUAAUAAAGCAACAGUUGAAAUGAAAGAUGUACAACUUACCACCAUGGUUAAAGAGAGUAAGGAAGAUGUGGUUACUGUUAGUGAUUUAGUAAAAGAGGAUUUGGUGUACUUAGAGAGCAUCCCUAGUACUCACAACACAAAUGAUAUGCCAUCUAAUGAAAGUGUACAGACUAGUCACCUGCACCUGAAAAAUGAUGAAAGCUCCAAAGAAGAACAGAUAGACACUGAAGCGGCGCUUGAAAUGGAGGUACAACAGACCACCAUAAAUCAAGAGAGUAGUCCAGAGUAUAAAAGAGCUAGAGAAGCUGCUGUGACUUUGGAGGACAAAGAUUUAGCUGUACCAAUUAGCCAAGAAAUGGAGGAUAUGUCUUCGGAGGAGGAACCUAAGACUCAAAACAUGGUGGACUUCUGUAACCAAAGUGUGGAAGCUAGUCAUUUGCAGUCCGACUCUAACAAAAUUGCUAAACAAGAACCAACAGAUAAUAAAGCAACAGUUAAAAUGAAAGAUGUACAACGUACCACCAUGGUUAAAGAGAGUAAGGAAGAUGUGGUUAGUGUUAGUGAUUUAGUAAAAGAGGAUUUGGCGUACUCAGAGAGCAUCCCUAGUACUCACAACACAAAUGAUAUGCCAUCUAAUGAAAGUGUACAGACUAGUCACCUGCACCUGAAAAAUGAUGAAAGCUCCAAAGAAGAACAGAUAGACACUGAAGCGGCAUUUGAAAUGGCGGUACAACAGACCACCAUAAAUCAAGAGAGUAGUCCAGAGUAUAAAAGAGCUAGAGAUGCUGCUGUGACUUUUGAGGACAAAGAUUCGGCUGUAUCAAUUAGCCAAGAAAUGAAGGAGGAUAUGUCUUCAGAGGAGGAACCUAAGACUCAAAACAUGGUGGACUUCUGUAACCAAAGUGUGGAAGCUAGUCAUUUGCACUCUGACUCUAACAAAAUUGCUAAACAAGAACCAACAGAUAAUAAAGCAACUGUUGAAAUGAAAGAUGUACAACGUACCACCACGGUUAAAGAGAGUAAGGAAGAUGUGGUUACUGUUAGUGAUUUAGUAAAUGAGGAGAGCAUCCCUAUUACUCACAACACAAAUUAUAUGCCUUCUAACAAAAGUGUACAGACUAGUCACCUGCACCUGAAAAAUGAUGAAAGCUCCAAAGAAGAACAAAUAGAGAAUGCAGCAGCAGUUGAAAGUGAGGUACAACAGAUCACCACAAUUCAACAGGGUAGUCCAGAAAAAAACAGAGAUGGAGAUGCUGCUGUGGCUUUGGAAAAACAUUACUUACUAUCUUCAGGAGAUGGACCUGGGACUGAAAACAUCGAGAACGUGUCUACAAAUAAAAGUUUCGAAGCCUGUCAUUUACACCUUGGAUUUAAUGUAAGUCUUAAACAACAAUUAACAGAUGGCCAAGAAACAGUUGAAAUGAAGGAUAUUCAACCAUCCACCACAAUUGAAGAGAUUAAUGCUGAAGGGUUUGUUGUUAGUGAUUUGGAGAAACAAGAUUUGGUGUAUUUGGCGAGCGUUCCGAAUGCUGAAGACACAAAUGACGACAUGCCUCCUAACAAAAGUGCGCAAACUAGUCAUCUACACCUGAAAAAUGAUGAAAACUCCAAAGAAGAACAGAUAGAGAAGACAGCAGCAGUUGAUAGUGAGGUCCAACCGACAAUUCAACAGGGUUGUCCAGAAAAGAACAGAGAUGGAGACACUGCUGUGGCUUUGGAAAAGCAAUACUUAGUGUCUUCAGAAGAUGGACAUGGGACUCGAAACAUCGAGAAUGUUUCUACACAUAAAAGUUUAGAAGCCUGGCAUUUACACCUUGGAUUUAAUGAAAGUGUAAAAGAAGAAUUAACAGAUGACCGAGAAGCUGUUGAAAUGAAGGAUGUCCAGCCAUCCACCACAAUUGAAAAGAUUAAUGCCGAAGCGGUGGUUGUUGGUGAUUUGGAGAAACAAGAUUUGGUGUAUUUAGCGACUGUUCCGAGUACCCAAUACACAAAUGACAACAUGCCCCCUAACAAAAGUGCGCAAACAAGUCAUCUGCACCUGAAAAAGGAUGAAAGCUCUACAGAAAAACAGAUGGACACUGAAGCGGCACUGGGAAUGGAGGUACAGCAGACAAUUAAUCAAGAGAGUAGUCCAGAGUAUAACAGGGCUGGAGAUGCUGUGGUGGCUUUGGAGGAGAACGAUUCCGUUGUACCAAUUAGCGAAGAAGUGAAGGAGGAUAUGUCUCCUAAUGAAAGCAUGGAAACCAAUUGUUUGCAACAGGAACAUGAAGACACUGCUAUAAAAGAUCUGCCAAAUAAAAUUGGAGUCCAACCAACUGCCACUGUACUUGAAGGUAUUCCACAGAAUUACAGAGAUGGAGAUGCUGCAGUGGCGCCAAUGGAGAAGCAAGAUUUGAUUUUUACAGUCUUAAGUACAGAAGAAACAAAGGAUGACUUGCGCCUGACAAAUGAAAAAACUUUGAACAAAGAAAAAACAGAUGGCCUAGCAACAGAUGUAAUGGAGGAGCUAAAACAGAACACCACAGUUCAAGAGGGUACUCCACAGAGUAGCAAAGAUAGAGAUGCUACCGCGCUGUCAGAGAAGCAACACCUGGUGUCUUCAGAGGAUGGAUUUAGGACUCAAAAUGUGGAGGAACUAUCUACUAAUCAAGGUAUGGAAGCCAGUCAUUUGCACCCUGUAUCUGAUGAAAUUGCUGGAAAACCACCAUCAGAUGACCAGGCAACAGUUCAAAUGAAAGAUGUACUAGAUACCACCACAGUUACAGAGAAGGGUAGAGAUCAAGUCACUGUGACUGAUUUGGAAAAAGAUUUGGUGGAUUUAGAGCAAAUCCCUUGUACUCAAGAUACAAAUGUGAACAUUUCUCCAAAUGAAAGUGUGCAAACUAGCAAUCUGAACCUGAAAAAUGAUGAAAGCUCCAAAGAAAUAUAUAUAGACAGUGAAGCAGCAGUUGAAAUGGAGGUCCAGCAGACUGCUGUAGUUCAAGAGAGAAGUCAAGAGUAUAACAAAGCAGGAGAUACUGUUCUGGCUUUUGCUGAGAAAGAUCCGGUAACACCAAUUAGCCAAGAAAUGAAGGAGGACCUGUCUACUAUUGAAAGCAUGGAAACAAGUUGUUUGCAACUAGAAAAUGAAAACUCUGAAAUAAAAGAUCAGACAGAUCAAAUGGAAGUGCAACAGACCGACACAGUUCCAGAGACAAAUUUACAGAGUAACAGAGAUGAAGAUGCUGCUGCGGCACCAUUGGAGAAGCAAAUUUUGGUGUCUUCAGAGGAUAGCUCAAGUACUCAAGAAAUGAAGGAUGACUUGCAUCUGGAAAAUGAAAAACCUCACAGCAAAGAACAGACCAAUGUCCAAGCAGCAUUUGAAAUGAUGGAGCUAAAAAACAACACCAACAUUUUAGAAAGUUCCACACCAUCUGGUGAAGUUGCCAAUGUGCCCACUGAUCCUGCUCUUGUAGAGAAAGGUGUGCCUACAGAGUUUGAGAUUGUUGCUGAUGUUUCUGAACACCUGGACAAUGAUCUCCCAGUGACGGAACCUUUGGUCGCCCCUGGGGCGGAGCUCCCAGAUGGUACAUCUGAGGAAUAUAUCAUUCUCGAGCCAGUCACGGAAGAAAAAAUUCAUUUAGAUAUCGUCUCUGAAGCCGCUGCAGCAUCAGGUCUGUCCGACGACUGUAUGACGAACCAGGUGGAUCCAAAAAGCACGUCCUUGGCUCUAAAUGGGCCCCAACAGACGUUGCUCUUGAAGGCUGAAGAGCAGACUGCUAUGGUCGAAGAUGUAGUGACACCUUCAAGUGAAAAGACAGAAGCUGUAACUACACCACCUCCAGCAGAGCCUAAUGAAUUAACGCCGGACCAUAUAGUUCAGCCAUCAUCUACUGUGUUAGAGUCGGCUGAUUCUCAAUCUCAAGUGGCGACAGAAGCUUCCGGGGGUGACAUGGCCCUGCAGGAGUUUCAAAUUCUGCAGGAUAUGGAGAUCGGACAAGAGAUCGUUGUGGCCGAGGUUGGGAUUGAAGAAGAGAACAAUGUUGUGGUUUUAGAAAAAGGCACCGUUCAAGGACUUUUGCUUCAAAAGGCAGCAGAAAAGCAAGUAGAUGAAGCUGUCUCAAAGACAAGCGAUCCCUCUGCCAAGCCUGUUGUUAACAGUAGCAUUUCUAUUGAGAAGCCCAAAAAGCAAGAAAUGAACACCCAAGCGAGAACCAAAGCACGUCUAGCUGCUUUGGCAGAACAAAAAGCUGCUGCAAUGAAAAGGACAGCCAACAGGCAGCAGCUCAACCUCUUGGCCCUGUGUCAUGAAAUUGCCGAGGACAUUGCCACAGACAGCAUGCUGUUAAAGAGGAUUGAGGAGGAAAAACAAGCGGCGGCGGCUAAAGGUGAGGCCACCAAGAAGGAAAAUCCACCUGAGAAAGAACAGGAAGUAACCGCUGUUGACGUCAAGCCUCCUGCUGUAAAUGAAAGCUCCUCAGCAACGGUUCCCCCUGCUGAGGAGCCCCCUGUAGUGCAGCCUCCCAUUGCUGAAACCAAGCAGGUGGAGGAUCCUCCAAAGAGGCGCUUUUUCGUCUCACAAGUAUCUGUUCCUCUGAAGGUACACGAGAAAAAGAAGUUAACUCGAUAUCAAAAGUUAAGACAGGUCGAACUGCAAAGGGAAAAGAUGUCAUGGGCACGCAUGAAGAAAAUGAAGUCAGACCAGGCAAAUCAAAUAUUUUCUGACAUGGACUGGCAGGCAUCAAUGAUUUCACCCACUCUGUUUUCCAUCAAUGCCCCCAAUUCCACAAAAGCGAUCACCGACCCAGCGCCUAAAACCAACUCAUCUCCUCUUCCAAGUCCUGCCUUAAGUAGCAAACCUGCAUCGCCCAAGUCCGAAGCUCCGCUAGUGGAUGUCCUCGAAACUGAAGCUCCUAAAACAGAACCUCCUAAAGAAGACGCCUCCAAAACUGAACCGGAAAUAAAAACCGAAACUCUGAAAACGCAAAUGCCUCCUACUGAACCUGCUAAAGCUGAAACCACAAGGGUAACAAGACAAAGCAGCAAGGCUCAAACCUCUAAGGUAACCACACCUCCGGCUCCCACCCCGAAAGUCACCAGGUCGUCUACCAGGAGGUCUCUGCCGGCUGUACCCCCGCCCAUGCCCAACGGACUUAAGGCAUCAAAACCUCAGCCUGUGGAGUACAAGCCAUACAAACCACGACCCAGGUAUUCACCUGAUGAUUUUGAACUUGACGAUGACCCUUUACCAGCGCCUCCAAAGAGGACUAUUCCUCUGCCCAGGUCUAACCAGACCCACUGUCAAUCUAGACCCCUGGUUCAGUCGAAAGCCACACCUCAACUUGUCAGCCAGGCAAAACUUAAAUCCUCAACCACCUCUGCUGGACAAAUCCCUGGUCAAUCAAAGCCCAUCACUUCAACCGCUCCUCAGUCCAAGCCUACAUGUUCUCUUCGUCCACAACUUUCUAUCACUUCAACACCUCAGUCCAAAACCUCCAUGGCAUCUGCUCCUACCAAAUCGUCUCCCUCAACUGUAGUUCUGCAACCAAAACCCACCCCGGCUGUGGUUCAGUCACAGCAGGCGGCAUCUGUUUCGCCCCAACCAACUCAAACCACCCUUCCAGUGGUUUCUAACACAUCCCAGAUAAAACCUUGCGGUCCCCAGCCAGAUAUCACUCCAGCUCCUGCAAAAAAUGCCCAAGUAAUGGCAGCGACAGACCCGGAAAGCAAGGUUGCCACUGUUUUAAGUUCAUCAAGUCCACCUAAAAGCCCUCCUCCCUCGAAAGAGAACUCGUCUGAUGCGCAGCAAUGCGAAGCAAAACCUGAAGUUGCUGAUCAGUGCCAAAAGACUGAUAUCUUUAAGACAAGCACAGAUGAAUCACAACCAUCUUGUCAAGAUGGUGCGCUAAAGCAGCAGGAUGCAGCGACUCCACUCUCUGAGGCGUGUUUACAAAAAGAAGUAAAGAAAUUAAAGGAGGGCGACAAAGACAGCAGUCAAACUAUAAUUGAUGCUGGACAGAAACACUUUGGAGCUGUGGCCUGCAGCGUGUGCGGGAUGCUGUACUCUGCCGCCAACCCUGAGGAUGAAUCGCAGCAUUUGCUCUUCCACAAUCAGUUCGUCAGUGCGGUUAAAUAUGUGGGCUGGAAAAAGGAGAGGAUCCUGGGAGAAUUUCCUGAUGGCAAAAUCAUUUUGGUCCUGCCGGAUGAUCCCAAAUAUGCUCUAAAGAAGGUUGAGGAGAUCCGUGAGAUGGUCGACAAUGAUCUUGGCUUCCAGCAGGUGGGGACAAAGUGUCCUUCGCUGACUAAAACGUUCCUCUUCAUCACCAACGACAAGAAGGUUGCAGGUUGCCUCAUAGCAGAGCACAUAAAUGAGGGCUACAGGGUGAUCGAGGAACCGGAACCUGAAGGCUCUGAGCGGGAGAAGGUGUUGUUUGAACGCCAGAGGGCUUGGUGUUGCUCCACCACGGCCGAACCAGCACUCUGCGGUAUCAGCCGAAUUUGGGUGGUGAGCAUGAUGAGACGACAAGCCAUCGCCUCGCGUUUGGUCGAGUGCCUCAGAAACAACUUCAUCUUCGGUUCCUACCUGAGCAAAGAUGAGAUCGCCUUCUCAGACCCAACGCCUGACGGAAAACUUUUUGCCACGCAUUACUUUGGCACCUCACAGUUUUUGGUGUACAAUUUUGUCAGUGGGACACACCCACAACCGACCAAAACUGACUCUGUAUGACGGUUGACCCCGGAGGUAAGGGCGACGCCAGGAGUGGACUCCCCCUCGCCAAAUGAUGUCUGAUGGACCUCUUUUCUUCCCCACAAAAAAUACCUUGGUUCCAAACUCAGGAUGAACAAAUUCACUUUUGACAUACACAAAUCAGAUUUAUUUGGAAGGCACAUUUAGUGGAACCCCCCGAGGUUUGUGGCCACCCUGAAAAGAAGAAAUAAUUACACUACAAGAACAUUUUGGGAAUCAGAAAAAAUGAGAGAGAAAAAAAAGAAAAAUCUGAUUUUUUUUUUUUUUUUUAGCUAAAACAAAAAAUCUUAAUGCCCAACUUUUUUUGGGAAAAUAUAUGGCUUUGCUCUGGUACUACAACUAAAGUCUCAAAAUUGUACUUCUCAAAUAUACUAUUUGUUUUCUUGAAAAACGUAGCUUCUUUGUUGUUCUAUGACCUUAAUCUGGAGAAUAUUUGAUUUAUCUGAAAAAUAUUCCACUGUUUUAAGACUUUAAUCUUAAUCUGUAUCUUUACAACUAGCUCAUUUAGCUCAAAUUUUGAUCUUGUAGUGUUUUUUUUUGUAAAUCAAAUUUUCACUGCGGCCCAAAUACUCUUAUUAUAUAUAUGUAUUUUUUAAUCCCAUUUACCCUUUUAUUCCCGCCAUCACGUUUUCUCACAUUUCAAAUAACUGCGGCAAUUUCAGAUCAACUUGUUCUCAUCUGAGGAAAUGUUUAGAACUGAAGCUUGGGCAUUUUUUUUGUUCAGUAUUUUUUUUUUUAUAAAUCACCUUUUUGCCUGUUUUUCCCAAGCUGAGCCAUUAACUGUUCGCCAUUAAAGCGGCAGGGCAUUGUAACCUAUACUGUAAGAAUUAUUUUUUUUCAUACAGUCUGUCCAAUUUGCUUUGUUGUUACGCCUGAAUUUAACAGUGUGACAUAUUUUGUUUUCAUUUUAUUUUUACAUAGUUAUUAGUGCACAUUAUCUUCCUAUCAACUUACACUGUACUAUAUCAAAUGGUCUUGUAGAUAAUGCGUACUAUAACAUUUAUAAUAAACAAUGUGGAAGGUCUUAAAGGCUCUUUUUUCCUCUCCCUCCCUCUCAUGACUUUGUGCAUACUUUUGGUUCAUACAAAAAAUGUAAAUAUUUAUUUAAAUAAUAAACUGUAAAAGCAUUACUGCCUUUGCCUGCUCACUUUCUCUUAGCAGGGACAUUGAGCAGCGACACCUAGUUGCC